UGAUUUUUGCUAAAUAUGGUUAUUAAUGGAUGAGCUUUUAUAAUCCUCCUCGAUAAAGAUUUACAUAUAGGAAGGCUGGUAAGAAUCUAUAACUUACCUACUUAAAUUUCUUUUACAUCAUACAUAAGUAAAUAGGUAUACAAGUUAUAAAUAUUGUAUAUACCCAGGAACUCGGUUUUAUAAUCAGAAAAGCAAAGCAAAACGUACUGCUUUUGUCUGCCUACCGGCCUCUCAUCCGGCGAGCAUGGACGAGGACCAGGGCCCGUCGCAAAUCGCGCCGCAGCAACACGGGCCGAGGAAAACCGCAAGCAGCCAACUCCAGCGCCUCAAGAAGACAUUUCUCACACGACAGGGCAUACUAGGCGACUACGACUAUGGCUUUCUCCUGCGGCCAAACCUGCCGUUCAUGAAGAAGUCCCGGCAGGCGUCGCCCUUCUUCGGCCUCAACGACAAGAUGCCGGUGGUCCUGGCGCUGCUCCUCGGCCUGCAGCAUGCGUUGGCCAUGCUGGCUGGGAUUAUCACCCCGCCGAUUCUCAUGGCGGGCGCGGCGGGAGUCAACCUGCCGCCGGAGAUGCAGCAGUAUCUGGUCUCGACUGCGCUGAUUGUCUCGGGUAUCUUGUCUACGAUCCAGAUCACCAGGUUUCACAUAUACAAGACACCAUAUUAUCUUGGAACGGGACUAAUUUCCGUGGUGGGCAUCUCAUUUUCCAUCAUCCCCGUUGCCCUCGGCGCCUUUGCGCAGAUGUACGCCAACGGCUUCUGCCCCACCGACGCCGACGGCAACAAGCUGCCCUGCCCGGACGCCUACGGCGCGCUUCUCGGGACGGCGGCCGUCUGCGCCCUCAUCGAGGUUCUCAUCGCGUUCAUACCGCCGAAGAUCAUGCUGAAGAUAUUUCCCCCCAUCGUGACUGGCCCGACCGUUAUGUUGAUCGGAAUCAGCCUCAUCGAGUCGGGUUUUAAGAAUUGGGCUGGUGGCAGCGGCUCUUGCUCGGAUGCCACGCAUACGGCCUUCUUCGACGUCUGUCCCAAUGUCGGCGCCCCCCACGCCCUGCCAUGGGGCUCUCCGGAGUAUCUCGGUCUCGGCUUCUCUGUGUUUUUGACCAUCAUCCUAUGCGAGCGCUUCGGGGCCCCGAUCAUGAAGUCCACCGCUGUGAUUAUCGGGCUCCUGGUAGGCUGCAUCAUUGCCGCCGCUACCGGGUACUUCGACCGUUCGGGAAUCGACGCCGCGCCGGUCGCCUCGUUCAUCUGGGUGCACACGUUCAAGCUGACGGUCUACGGACCGCUGGUCCUCCCGAUCUUGGCGGUCUUCAUCAUCUGCGCGUGCGAGGCUAUCGGUGACAUCACCGCCACCUGCGACGUUUCCCGCCUUGAGGUGGAGGGCAGGACGUACGAGUCCCGCAUCCAGGGCGGCGUGCUAGCGGACGGAAUAAACGGCAUUCUGGCGGCCCUCAUGACUAUCACGCCCAUGUCGACCUUCGCGCAGAAUAACGGAGUCAUCGCUCUUACACGUUGCGCAAACCGUACUGCUGGAUACUGCUGUUGUCUCUUCCUGCUGAUCAUGGGCAUCUUUGCGAAAUUCGCCGCGGCCCUCGUUGCCAUUCCCUCCCCUGUUCUCGGCGGGAUGACGACCUUUUUGUUCUGCGCUGUGGCGGUGUCGGGCAUCGCUAUCAUUACACGAGGAGUUCCGUUCAAUCGACGGAAUAGGUUUAUUCUAACGGCUGGGCUGUCUAUUGGAUAUGGAGCAACCAUGGUGCCGACCUACUUCGACAACGUAUUUAGCUAUAGUGGCAACAACAGGGGCCUCCAGGGGUUCCUGGAUGCUAUUGUGUUGAUUAUGGAGACGGGCUUUUGUGUCACGGCGUUCGUCUGCAUGAUCCUCAAUCUCACGCUCGAUGAAGAACUCGAGGAGACAGAUGAGAAACUGGUAGCUGCUAAUGAGCCGGUGGUAAUUAAGGACACGAUAGGUGGUGAUAUACAUGGUUCUGAUAGUAGUCGGAUUGUGGGUAGUCAUGAGAAGCAGGUAUAGGCUAGGUGCCGUUUAGGGGUACCUAGGAAUUACAUAUUGGAAAGUGGUAUAUAUAUUAUGUACGAGAUGUGGUAAAUUUAAUAUGCAUAUAGUUGUAACUAUGUAGUGUCCUUGAGAAUUAAAAAUUACAUGUGAUGAA